AUGGCUAUGAGCUCCCUUUUGUUGACGGGAACUCAGCCGCUUGCCCAUAUUGCUCUGUUGGCACUCGGUUCUUUCUUCCUUUUUUAUCUUGCUCGAGGCAUUUAUCAAGCUUAUUUCUCCCCGUUGAGCCACAUUCCGGGUCCCAAAUUAUGGUCGAUAUUCCCAGUCAUUCCCAAGUUCAAGAUGUUGUUCGGUACCAUCGAUCAAGAUAUUCGGAAGUUUCAUAGAAGAUAUGGGAACGUUGUAAGCUACUCGCCAGAUGCGGUGACGUUUACUACUAGCCAGGCCUGGAAGACAAUUUACGGCCAUGGGCAAGGGCAAUUCCCAAAGUACAGUGCCUCGAAGCAACUCGACCCUGACUCCAAUAUCCUUAACGCCGAUGAUGUCAAUCACGCUCGAAUUCGCCGAGGAAUCGCCCAUGCUUUCUCACCACGGUCUUUAGCCGAGCAAGAGCCGAUCAUUCACGACUACGUCGAUAAGCUGGUUCGAAGGCUAUCUGAUGUUCCUGAAUCCCGAAUGCCGACAGAGAUGGGCAGGUGGUUUCACAUUGCUUCCUUCGACAUUAUCGGCGACUUGACGUUUGGCGAGUCUUUGGGCGGUCUCGACAAUAACGAAUUCCAUCAUGUGGUAACCUCUGUCCUCAUGUUUAUCGAACGCGCCAAGAAACUCUUCGAACUAAACACUUUGCUAGGCCCAUUGGCGUGGAUCGUCCUGCCGAUUUUGGCGCGGGAUGUUGAAAAGGGCUUCAUGGACCAAUUUGACUACACCAGAAAAGCCGUCAACAAGAGGCUCGAGCACAAUUCUGAAGUCACCCGAAAAGAUUUCAUGCAGGGUCUUCUGCGUGGAAGAGACGAGAAGACUAUCACUUCCAUUGAAGAGAUUGUCACAAACUCUAACACACUCUUCGUGGCCGGCAGUGAUACGACCGCGACUUUGAUGACGGCUUGCACCUUUUACCUCUUAUCGACGCCCCAUGCACACAAAAGAGCCGUCGAGGAAAGAGUUGUUCCAAAGACGAAGGAGCCAACUCAUAUCGAGGGGAUGUUCUUUCCAUCAGGGGUAAUCGGAGUUCAUCACUCCUCUGCCGGCCUAUCUACUUCCAACUUUGCCCAGCCAGAGAGCUUUGCCCCUGAACGGUGGCUUGCCUGCAUUGCUCAAGACCCAACAUCUCCCUUUUACGCGGAUAAGCGGGACGCUAUACAGCCAUUUUCCUAUGGUCCUCACAACUGCAUUGGCAAGCACCUGGCCUACAAUGAGAUGCGAGUUAUCAUUGCGCGACUUCUAUGGGAAUUUGACAUGAAGCUUGAUUCAUCAUCGACAGAUUGGACACAGCCAUACUCUAAUCACAAAGCCUGGGCCAUCUGGAAGAAACAGCCUCUGGUAGUGCACAUUAAGAGACGUCCUUUGGCGAUUUAGACCCUGGUCGAAAGUCAAUGUGGGAUCAAACGGUUUAUUGAUUCAAAUCAGUGGGAUCCUCGCC